AUGGACAGUCAGAAAGGACAAAUUCAGACUCUUGAUGACAUGUUGAGAUCCUGUAUUUUGGAUUUUGGUGAGAGUUGGAGUAAGUACUUAACAUUGGUAGAAUUUGCUUACAAUAAUAGCUUCCAUUCAUCCAUUCAAAUGGCUCCGUAUGAAGCUCUUUAUGGCCGGAAGUGUAGAUCUCCGAUUUGUUGGGAUGAAAUAGAUGAAAGAAAGAUCUUAGACCCAACUACAGUACCAUGGAUUGAGGAGGCGCGAGAAAAGGUAAAGUUAAUACGCCAAAGGAUUCAGACAGCUCAGAACCGUCAAAAGAGCUAUGCAGAUAAUCGAAGGAAGGAUUUAGAGUUUGCAGUUGGAGAUCAAGUUUUCCUUAAGAUCACUCCUCUAAAAAAGUAUCAUCCAGAUCCCUCCUAUGUACUGCAACCAGAAAAUAUUGAGAUUGACGAGACAUUGACUUAUGACGAUAAACCAGUGAAGCUUCUGGAUCGUAAAGUGAAGGAACUAAGGAAUAAGCGAAUCCCUCUAGUAAAAGUUCUAUGGAGGAACCAUGGAGUAGAAGAAGCAACUUGGGAAGUAGAAGAGCAGAUUCGAAAGAAAUAUCCAGACCUAUUUCCAGAUCAAGUAUUAGAGGUUUCACCAAUUUCUUCCUCUUCAUCUUCUGGAUGGACAACUUCAGCUUUUGUUGCUAUAUUCAUAAUAGGGAGUGCUAGAGUCUUUUCUUCUUCAUCAAAACUUUCAGUUUCACCAGAUUCUUCAAUUUCAGAUUCUAUAUUUGUGGAUUAA